ACCGGGCGAUGUUUACGAGGGCGGAGGGGGGCUCCGUCCUUGUUGGUGAGAGGUGCCAGCUAUAUAUACCUUCUGCGGCGGCUCAGCGAUCAUCGACUUCAGCGUCUCAGCAACAGUCAGCAACAUGAUCACCAUUCCAAAGCAAGAGGAACUUGGUACGAAUCGGAUGAACGAUUAGAAGAACUCGAAGCGUGA